AUGGGCUUCGUUCCUCGCGGUGGUGCUCGCGGUGGUAGCCGUGGCGGCUUUGGCGGCGGCGACCGCGGUGGCCGCGGUGGCUUCGGUGGCGGUCGUGGCGGUGCUCGUGGUGGCUUCGGCGGUGCUGGCCGUGGCGGGCCGGGCGGCGCUGGCGGUCGCGGCGGUGGCCGUGGUGGUGCUCGUGGUGGUGCUCGUGGUCGUGGCGGCCGUGGUGGCGGUCGUGGUGGUGCCAGCGGUGCCAGCGGUGGCAAGAAGGUCGUUGUUGAGCCGCAUCGUCACAAGGGUAUCUUCGUCGCUCGCGGCGGCAAGGAGGAUCUGCUGGCCACUGGCAACUUCGCCCCUGGCAUCUCGGUUUACGGCGAGAAGCGCAUUACUGUCGAGAACACAGCCAAGAACGAGGACGGCACGCCAGCUGGCAAGGUCGAGUACCGCAUCUGGAACCCUUUCCGGUCCAAGCUGGCUGCCGGUAUUCUGGGCGGUGUCGACAAUCUGUUCAUCAAGCCCGGCUCCAAGGUCCUUUACCUCGGUGCGGCCUCUGGCACGUCCGUCUCCCACGUUUCCGACCUGGUCGGCCCCACCGGCAUGGUGUACGCCGUCGAGUUCAGCCACCGUUCUGGCCGUGACCUGAUCAACAUGGCGUCCAAGCGCCCCAACAUCGUCCCCAUUGUCCAGGACGCCCGCCACCCGCUCAAGUACCGCUUCCUCGUCCCCAUGGUCGACGUCGUCUUCUCCGAUGUCGCCCAGCCCGACCAGGCCCGUAUCGUCGCCCUCAACUCCAGCAUGUUCCUGCGGCAAGGUGGUGGCCUGCUGCUGAGUAUCAAGGCCAACUGUAUCGACUCGACGGCGGCGCCCGAGGCCGUUUUCGCCAGCGAGGUGCAGAAGCUCAAGGAGUCGCGCUUCUUCCCCAAGGAGCAGCUGACUCUGGAGCCGUACGAGCGUGACCAUGCCCUCGUCGCGGCCGUGUACCUGCAGAAGGAGUUCGAGGGUUAA